AUGUCUGGAUACUAUCCGCCAAACGCCAACAUCCCACCGCAGUACUACAACGUCAAUCCCAAUGUGCUUCCCAAUUCCAAUCUGCAGAAUGUCCCGCCCGUGAUGGCGGCCGAUGGCUCUUAUGCACACGGCGUGCCUGAGAGCCCGGUGUAUCACACUAUGCCCGGAGCUUUUGCGCCAUAUGUCGAAUCGCACAUGCAGCAGCCCUAUUUGGGCCAGUAUCAAGAAGUCCCCGGUGGCAUGGAUGCUUCCCAAGAUGCGAAUGCUCGCACAAGGCGGCGCCCAGGACCUGGAGAGCAUUCGAACCAGAAGACUGGCCGUAGUGGAUCCAAGUCAGGGAAAUCAUCUUCCGCAGAUUCUGGUGAAGGCUCGUCCCCGGAAGAUCACAAUGAUGACGCAAAAGAACGAUUACCGCCCAUUGUUGACGAUGACGAAGAGGAGUACGAAGAUGACAUGGAAGUGGAGGAGAAGGGCCAAGGGAGACGGGAAGCAUCCGACACGCCAGCAUUGACCCUCGAUCGAAGUCCCUCACCAUCGACAGAGACCUUCUUGAAAACACCGAGCAUGACUUCUUCGAGACCGCCAAUACAUCGAAAAAGCAGCCAUCCAACCGCUAAGUCAGCCGCAGCCAUGAAGCCUGCACAGCGGAAAGACAUCCAGUUCUAUUUGGAUUACUUCAAGAACCACAUGUCCGCACACCACUAUUCCCUGAAACACGACACAUCAAAAUUCUUCAAGACCGAUUAUCUCGAACAUGCUAUGAGGUACCCUCCUCUGUUGUUUGCGAUCGUAGGAUAUGCCGCUUAUUUUCAUACUCUCAAUCAACCGAAUGCCCGUAUGCACACCUUUCUACAGUACUACGAUGAGUCAAUAUCACGGCUGCGUGCGAACAUGAUGAAGACCAAGAAGCAGGGGUUAUCCACUCUGCUAACGAUUCUGCAACUUGCAGCCAUUGAGGAAGUAUUGGGCGACUGGGUCAACCUGAUGGGCCAUCAAAAGGCCGCCAAUCAGAUGCUGACACAGCUUUACACACCUGAGACGAUUACAGAAUCACCUUUUCUAUUGAAGGUGAUACUUUGGUACAGUCGAUUUGAUUUAUUCGUCGGCCUCCAGUCUGGGGGAGAAGCCAUUCUCAGCCGGGAUUGGUACGUUGCGGUGCACGAGCAUUUCCGGAUGGAAUCUACCGAGCAGCCGGACGAGCUAGGAUUACGGUACGACGAGCGGUUCGCAUACUCACGACUUGUUGCGAAAGAUUCGAGCGACUUUUUCUUCAAGAAAGGGAAGGGGAUGAUCAGUGACGCGGAGUUCAUGGAGGAGUUGCCAAAGCUCGGCGAGCGAGUACACGCGCUAGAAUCCAACAUCGACCCCAUGCUCCUCGAUCCCAAGCACAAGGUCCAUAGGAUACCUGGAACCCCGGACCCUGACAGCGUUGUCAACGCCUUCGAACCUGAUCUGCUCUGGGGUGGAAGCUAUUGGACUUCGAAUUACCUAAAGCUGGACAUGUGGGGCAUCAUGUUCAUGUACGAUUUGUCGAGCUCUCUGGCCUUGCAGAAGCCGUUCGAUCCCGAGGUUACUAAGCGAGCAUUACGUUCUGCUCAAUUGUUCGAAGCUAUUCGGAAUUAUCCAGAUGCACCUCCUGGCGCAAUGAUCGAAGCGCAAGCUUCUUUCGCGAUUGCGACGUUGUUCCUGCCGAAAGAUCCAAAGACGGUGACGUGGUGUCGUAAGACACUAGCGAAGGUGGAAAGUGCAGGAUACAUCUACUCCAAUGUCCUCCGCAGCCGCUUCCUCGGCGGCUGGGGCAUCCCUCAGUCGGAUUGGUGGCUCCCCAACGACGAAGGCUGCCCACCCAUCAUCCGAUCAAUCAAAGACUUCAUCCAGGAGCGCACCACCGCCCCCAAAGACGAAGUCUCCGAGAACCUUCGCGAAAUGCGCGGCAUUUUCGGCACCCUGACCAUCUCGGACUCUCCACCGGACGACACGAGUAGUAAUGCCACCGAGGACACUGUGGGCCUGGGCAGUGUUGGUACAAAUACGGAUGACAUGCUUUACUAUACAGGGUCAAGUCCGGAUUAUGAGUAUGGGUUCGAUCCGAAAUCGUUUGGUGCGGAGCCGUACGGAUUGGGAAAGUUUUCGUGA